AUGGUGAUAAAGAAGAAAAAUAGCAACACCAAUAGUGACGAAGACGAUGAAAUCUUCUACUACCGCUACGCCUCCACGGCCGCCCCCAACGUCGCUUCGUCAUCAUCUUCAGAACCCACAUCCAAUGGACCCCACAAGAAAUCCAAGGGCUCAAAAAGCUUAGCCCCUUCUAAAUCAACGAUCUACAUUUCGAACCUCGACUACUCCCUCACAAACUCCGACCUCCAUAUGCUCUUCUCCACCUUCGGAAAGAUCGCUCGUGUCACCGUCCUCAAAGACCCUGCCACGCGCAAGUCACGUGGCGUUGCCUUCAUUCAGUUCGUCAACAUUCCCGACGCGCAGACCGCAGCGCGUGCGAUGCACGGGAAGAUCCUCAACGGCCGCACGGUCACGGCGAGCAUCGCAACGGACAACGGGCGCGCGGCAUCGUUCAUAAAGAAGAGGGUUUAUAAAGACAAGUCAAGGUGCUAUGAGUGUGGGGUGGAAGGGCAUUUGAGUUACGAGUGCCCGAAGAAUUAGUUGGGGCCCAGAGAGCAGCCGGAGCCGAAGAAAGUGCGGCAGAAAUUCGACGUCGAGGAUGAGAACGAGAACGAGAAUGCAAUAGGUUUUGAUGAUGGGAAUUGGGCUUCGGUUGUGGAUGAUGGAGCUCAAGAAAGGUUGAUUAUGGGAGAGGAAGAGACUGAAGAAAAGAAGAAAAAUGUAAAGAGAGUGAGUUAUUUUAGUGAUGAGAGUGGUGAAGAUGAUUGA